AUGUGGAUAAGAGAUGCGAAAUAUCUAUUAUUACUGACCAUAGUAAUUUUCAUUUACAUUGGAAUCAAGUUCUUACAUGUUCACAACGCCUAUAACUCAGAUUUACCAUACAUCCAGUCAAAUUGGUUGCAACCGUCUCACCGAAAUCAAGAAUUGAGUAAACAGACAAUACAAAAAGUUUCUCCAACUGAACGUAGUUAUGAUGCACGAUAUCGUAAUAUAAAUUUAUUAAAACCAUUAAAAACAAUUCCUAGUAAAUUGACUUAUUCUGAAGUAAAUUUUUGUUCACCAUCGUCUCCACCAAUUUUAUGGCUCGACAAGUAUGGUAAUCCACAUUGGAAUGAAGCAGCUGAACGUGAAAUGUAUACAUAUCUACUUGAGAAACAAACUAUGAGUAAUAACAUGACGAACGAUACAAUAAUUGAUGAAUGUCUCAAGUGUCCAUUAUUUAUUAUAAAGCAGCAAGGAUGGGGAUUUUUUAGUCGUUUUCAUCGUUUUCUUGAGCAAUUCGGUCAAACACUCUAUAGUCCGUGGAUGGUUCUGCUAUCUUACUAUCGGUUUUCAGUUUCAAAUGCUGGUCGUGAUGAUUUCUUGAGUGAAGGUAUAGUUCGUUAUUUCAAUCCUGUUUCAACGUGUUCGAAGUUUAUUCGUCAUCCUCACAUGAAAUCAAUUCAAAGCCGUUUAUAUGGAGAUAAACAAAAUUCAGUACUUAUAUCUAGAAUAGAAGACCUUUUGUUCGAAAAUCAGCAAAAAAUCUAUGUAAAAUUUAGAUUAUUAAACCCCAAUACUAUAUGGGAUUUGGGUUAUGAACAUGUACCUCAUCGACGCUCAUUAUUCGAUUAUAAUCGUGUACCUCUUGACUAUAAUUUUUCAGUGUCAUAUCUGAUUAAUCAUACCUACGAACACAUCUAUCACGAACCUUCGUUAUCAUCUGAUUACCUUAACACAUGGAAAUCGCGUAAUCGUCCAUGGGGACAAUCAACAACGAAUUUACCAGGCAAAUCGUAUCAAGUGACUUGGCAAGAUCGCUUAUUUGCAUCAUUUCUCUAUUAUAUUUUUGUAUUAUAUUUUCAUCAACCUGCACCACGAAUUCGUCAGUUGACAGAUCUUCUUUCCGAACAUUGGUCAACAUAUUUGCAUGAUAAAAACGGACAAUCUCUUGAUACUUUAGGAGGCUUAUUUAUUCGUCGCGGUGAUAAAGCGCGUGAAGAUUCGUUUUGGAAGAAGCAUAGACAUUGGCGUAAUAUUUCAAUGUAUGUCAAAGGUAUUGUUAACGAGGAGCAACGACGAAAUCAAACAUUCUUAACUAUUUUUGUCAUGACUGAUGAUAGUUCAGUGAUGAAAUCGAUACACGAUUAUGCCAAUCCACACUCAAAAGGCAUCGAUGAACCAUAUGCGAGAAAAUAUCUACGUGGACGAGAAAUUUUGUAUAAUGUAUUCGCUCCACAAGCAUGCUUCGAUCCGUUCAUUCGAAUAGGAUUUGAACAAUUCCUUGUCUCAUUAGAAUUUCUUGUUCGCUAUGCAAAAUUUAUUGUAGGUCAUUCAGACUCGAACGUCGGACGAUACCUCGAAGAAUUGAUUUAUGCUCAUCAUCAACUGAAUCCAUCUAUUCGAACUAAUUCUUUGGUGAUAGAUGCACCAGAUUCACUUUAG